AUGGCUUCAGCAUCUCAUUCAUCAUUAUCAGCAGCAGAAAUCGUCAAUAGUCGUAUUCCAUUAGGUGCAACAAAAGAACAAUAUCAGAAAUGGAUAUUGCAGAAACAUCAUUGUCUUCCAAAUGAUAAUGACUUUCACCGUUUACUUCAAUCUGGUUUGAUUGAUGACAUGGUUUUAGUUCUUGGAGAACGUGAACAUCGAAAAGGACACAAUUAUCGACUCGAUGAACUUCGUCUUCAUUCUUCCGAUGAAGAUGAGUCUCCUAUGAAAAAGUUUAAGCCAAAUACACUUUUACAAUGCAAUAUUUCAAUACAGACUGAAUCUGAUACAACAGGACUCAAAUUAUUUGAUUAA